ACUCUCUGUUCAUUCAUAACGCAACUCUGGAUUAUCAAGCCUCCGCUGAGAAGCUCCUUCUCCGAGGACUUCGGAAGAAACAACUGAGGAAACGACCACCUCUGCCAGCGUCUGCUUCUCUCAAAAGAAAUAUAAAACACAACCAGAAUUGUAUCACUGAUACUAAAACCAUGAAAAUGUCAGCAGAGCAGAUUUCCGAGGUCCUAAAAGAGGGAGAGCUGGAGAAGAGGAGUGACAACCUCCUUCAGUUCUGGAAAAGGAAGACAUGUGUCCUGACCACGGAUAGCCUCAACAUCUACGCCGACACACAGAAGCGCACCAAGAGCAAGGAGCUCAAACUCCAGUCUAUCAAGAAAGUGGACUGUGUUGAGCGCACCGGCAAAUUUGUCUACUUCACCAUUGUUACCACGGACAAUAAGGAGAUAGAUUUUCGGUGCUCCGGUGACGAUAACUGCUGGAAUGCAGUGAUCACCAUGGCACUGAUUGACUUCCAGAACAGAAAGGCUAUUCAGGACUUUAAAACGCGACAGGACGACGAGAGCGGGUCCCCGGGACAGCACGAGAGCCGCAUGGCCAGAGCUCCCUGAAUGGCUUUGGGAGAUUAGCUACCACACUCCGAAUAUGAGUCAGUUAUGGACCAUGAAGAACAGGAACUUGGACCAAAGAAAGACGUCACCCGGUCCGUGGAUGAAGGAUUGUUCGGGACAGAUCAGCGCAUUCCCUUAGGGACCUCUGUCCUGAUAAGCUUCUAAAAGAGAAUUUAAAAUGCUCAAAACUCAAGACUGAAUCAUUGAACUUUCAAGUAUUUCAAAGUGCGCUUUUCUGAGGAGGGAUGCCUAAAGAAUGACAUUGCAAAAAUGUGUUAAUUUAUUUGUCAAGAUAAUGUUUUUCUUGGAUACAUGCUUAUGUUGUUUAAAUUAUUUACUAUUUCAGUGUGUAUUUAUUUGAAUAAAUAUUCAUACAUUUUUG